AUGGCUCUUAUUCCCAUCGUCAACUCUGGCAAGUACAGGAUCAGAAACGUCAAGUUUGGCGCCAUUCGUGACGAUGAGGGUGCUUUGGGUGCCAAAGGAAAUUCCAAGUCUGAGGAGCUCGUUUGGCAGAUCACUCUCAACUCGGACAACUCGCACACGCUGACGGCCAUUGAAGCGACUGCCCCUGCCGUCAUUGGAGGCCCCGUCACCGAAGUCUCGAAGCGUUUCUAUAUCAGUGUUGAGAAUCAAUCCGCCCAACCAGUCGGUUGGUUCCUCCAGCCAGUUUUGAUCGGAUCAGACCCCCGUAUCCUCUAUGCCAUCUACGAGCCCGGAAGAAAGGGACACUGGGAACUUUGCAGCUCGGACAAGAAGGAGCCUGUGAAGCUCAACAGGGAGCCCAGUGACGAUGAGAACAAGCCUGUUCCUACACACUUUACCCCGGAAGCCCUCUGGGUCUUUGAGCAUGUACAAGGUGACGAGUAG